AUGUCGCGUCUCACAUCCAAGCAGCGGCAGGAGCUUCACAAAGCCAUAUACCAGUAUGCGGAGCAAAUAAUUGCCUCCUCCGAGCUGGACACGGAUCUUCUACCGAAACUCGAGCACCUUCUCGAGAUCAACCCUCUGCAGACAGAAACAAUCGUAUCCAACUACUUAGAGAAGAAAUGGACCACGGUGGUGAGACUCCAGAAGAAAAUUCUAGAUUUGGAAAACGAGGUGGUCUCGUAUAAGCUGCUUCUUGACUCUCUUUCGCAAAAUGGCCUGAACGGCUCUGCAGUAGUGCUUCCUCGAGAUAAGCUCGGUUGGCUUCCGAAUAUCAACUCGAAAACUUACAAGACGCUGUCGAAUCAGCUUGUCACUUCUGUUGCAGUUCAUCCACUGCUUCCCUUGGUUGUUGCCGGAUGCUCAGAUGGGAGCUUGAUUUCAUGGAGCAUAGUGAACGACUCUCUGGGGAUCCCAGAGAAAAACGUUGCUGCUCACACCCGAGGCGUCACCAGCUUACAAUGGCUGCCAUUUCCUGUUGCAUUGGCGGACACCGGACCAAAAGACUGGUUGAUGGCCACGUCUUCCCUGGACUUGACGGUGAAAAUUUGGGAAAGCGACACUCUUAAGCAUGUACGAACGCUCACGGGUCACGAACACACAGUCUCUUCUGUUUGCUUUUCUCCGUCCAACCCUUCUAUUCUUUACACUGCUUCUCGAGACCAUUCUGUGCGUGUGUGGGACUUAAAGAGCGGCAUUUGCAUUAGAAAGUUCGUGGGCCACAGUGAAUGGGUCAGAGACGUCGAUGCUGCAUCUGUGGAGCAUAAGCUUGCGCUUGGGGAUACUAGAUCGUCCAUGGGCGACUUCUUGCUUACAUGCUCAAACGACCAGUCUAUUAGGCUCUCGCAUGCUGACACAGGGAUCGGUCUUGCGCUUCUUUUGGGACACACCCACGUUAUAGAGUGUGUGAAAUUCUUGCCCCACCUUUCGAACAAGUACAUUGAUGGAUUUGUGCUUCAAAACCUCGACAAAUUUAAUUAUUUGACGGAGGAAAUUGUCAAUGACCCAUCGUAUAUCCAGACUUUGGGGUACAAGUAUUGUGUAUCUGCUGGGAGAGACAACUUGAUCAAGUUGUGGCUUCUACCCCCUCCGGCAUUCCGCCCUAAUCGUCCUCCUGCUCCUUCCAUUCUCAACAAUUCGCAAGGCUGGCACCUUGCUGAUCUAAUCGGACAUCAGUCGUGGGUAAAAAGCUUAUGCAUCCACCCUGGCGGACGCUUUAUCAUAAGUGGUGCUGACGAUAAAACUAUUAGAGUAUGGGAUCUUUCUACAUUAAUAGAGAAAGGUCUGGUUCUCUGUGGAAAGAUUCUACAAGCACAUGAAAGUUUUGUCAAUUCAGUUCACAUGGCGCUGUUUGAGGUGGAGUUUAACAAAAAUGACGAGCGUACCGAGGAAGCCAUUUUGAAGAAGAUCGAAUCAAACAUGAGGUGUAUAUUCGUUACUGGCGGUGUUGACAAGACGGUAAGGUUAUGGAGCUAA